AUGGAGAACUCACGCAGACAAAACAAUGUUAAUGUUCUCGCUAAAACAAAAGACACCGAGCCCAAUUUGGAAACAGGAAUAAAGCCGGAAUUAAACACAAAUAGCAACGCAUUUUAUGGAAUAGGAUGUGGACAAAAUCCGUACCGAAAACGCUUGCAAAAACUUCUCAAUUUCUGGAACAAACUUGUUAGGGGCAGGCGCAUAGACUACUUUAUAUGUGAUGGUACUCUAUUAGGGUAUCAACGAAAUUUGGACUUUCUACCGUACGACCACGAUAUAGACAUUUGUGUGAAUAAAACACAUUUUUCUACCUUGUUAAAGCUAGAAUCCAAACGGCCAAUAAGAGUCAAAGACAAAAGACCACAUUUAAUUAUUUCGAAGCCUCUUGCGAACGGAAUGAGAUUGAAUUGUAAAGGAAUAUUGGUGGACACGAAAAUGGAUGCAUGUUCGAUUGUUUCGCCAGCCGCUCGCGUUAUAUUGGGCGAUGUAAACUUUAUAGAUGUUUACCCCUAUACGAAAGGCGAAAUUUACAGCCGAGCACCGAAAUUACAGUUUGAAAUAAGCGAUGUUUAUCCAACAAAGCCUUGUUGGUUAGCGGGAAUUGCUACACGUUGUCCUAGCAAGCCCGAAUCAAUGUUAGAAAAGGUUUACGGCAAGAAAGCUGUUCAAAAUCCUUCGCAUAUUUGUAUAAAACAUCAGUUCGUAGCGGCCAGGUUAGAUGAACGAGAAAACGAGCUACCUUGGUCCAUACAACGCGUGAACAGAUUCAUACUGAAAAGGUUUAAGACAAAAAGUUUAUAG